AUGCGCGGACUCGACGAGAGCACUGACGUCCUUGUUCGGGUCGGCCACACCGCGGGGAAGCAGGUGAAGCAUGGAUGGCAGGCUUUCGUCAACUUUGCGGCUCGGGACAAUGUCCUUGAGGUCGCACUAGGUUUGAUAAUUGCGGAUGCUUUCACCAAAGUCGUCACCUCCUUUGUCUCGGACAUCGCUUUGCCGAUCGUCUCCCUGCUGCCAUUCCUGAAUCGGAAUAUGGACCAGAAAUUUGCAGUCCUCUCAGAGGGACCCCGGUAUGCCAAUGGUGAGGGUUAUAACACGGUCAAGCAGGCCAGGGAGGACGGUGCACUGGUUCUUGCAUGGGGGAUGUUUGUCCAAAACAUGCUUAAUUUUGCUGGAGUCAGCCUGACAUUAUUCGCGGUCGCACACUUGUACAUGCUCAUCUCACAAGACAAGAUAAUCAAGCCCACUGUCCGUUGCAGAUAUUGCAGGAAGUUCAUUAGUGUCGAGGUGAGGUCUUCCACUCAAUACAAAUCUGACGGUGGGAUUGACUGCUGUCUAGGCUUCCCGUUGCCUCAAUUGCUCAAGCUGGCAGGAUGGAAGAGAAGACUUGCCUGGUGA